AGCGAGCAACAAACGAUAGCACAAGCCCCAAGACAUCAUUUGCAUUCAAACCUACGAAUUAGGUUGAACUAUCGGCAUGUCUACAACCAAAACUCAACAAAAGCCUCGGCUGCCUAACCCCUUUAAUGAUUUGAGCGACUCUGAGAUCAUUGAAAAGGUUUAUCUGUCACACACAUACGAUGAUGAAGUGUGCAAUAAGGAGACCCUUUUCAAGGUGGUGUCCAACGUUAUCACGCUAUCAACUCGAGUUGUUGGGACUAUGCUUAAGACAGAGGAGCAGAAUGGAUUUAUAGAAAGCACAGUCAUAAGCAGUGAUUUCAAACCAGAAUUCUCCACACUGAAGCUGAUGUCAUGCCAGAUGAUGACAACAGUUGCUGGUUUGGAAAACGUACACCAAACAACAUUGAGGAUUCUUCAGCAACUGAGAACCUUCUCGUGGGACGCAAAGGCACUGAUAGCUCUGGCGGCUUUCUCUUUGGAGUAUGGAAAUUUCUUGAACCUUUACCAGGCAUCAGACUAUCUGGGGAACUCGUUGAAAGCGCUGAAUCAAAUUCAACAUAGACUGCAGCUUCAAGUGAUUGAUCUCAGCGUCAAUACAGCAGUGAAGCUUGUAUUGGAAUCGGUUCAGAAAAUCAACCUCUGGGGAACCUGGUCUUCUGAUGAACGCUAUGACACUGAGGAUGUUCCCGCUCUCUCUGAUGCCUUGCACCAGAUUCCCCUUGUUGUCUAUUGGGCCGUCGCUACCCUCGUCGCUUGCAAUAGCAACAUCCAAAGCUUAUCGGACUAUUCAAUCAAGACAUUUAGUACCAAACUUUCUACCGCAGUGGAAGAGUUGAGCAGGCACCUAGUGACAUGCGAGCUGCAAAGAGCUAUAAUAUUCGACUACUUGGACCGCAAGAGGAGAUUCAGAAACCCUAAAGGCAUUGUAGACUUCUUGAAGCUUUUGAUCCAUCAAAAUGGGUCUCAGAACGCUCAAAUAUAUGACGGCAACGCCAAAAAGAUAAAGAGUGUUGAUGUUUUCAAGGAGAAGCACGUGUUGCUAUUCAUUUCGGGGCUGGACAGGAUCGAAGACGAGAUUCGGCUACUGAAUUCCAUUGACGAGAGGCUGGUGGAAGAUCCGAAUGAGAAGAGCGGUUACAAGAAAGAGGAGUUCAAGAUUCUGUGGAUUCCGAUCGAGAACGUAUGGGGCGGUGCGCGAAGGGAACUGUUGGGAACGCUAAAGGAUGGAAUAAGAUGGUACGUGGUGGAGUACGUUCAGCCCUUACCUGGCAUCAGGCUAAUUGAAGAGGACCUCAACUUCCGGAACAAACCCAUCCUUCCGGUGGUGAAUCCGCAAGGUGUCGUCGUGAAUUAUGAUGCACUGGACAUCAUUUUCGAAUGGGGCAUCGAUGCAUUCCCUUUUAGAAAAUCUGAUGGUGAUCGACUUGCCCAGAAAUGGAAAUGGUUCUGGGAUGAAAUCAGGAAAACAAAUCUUAAUCAUAUACAGGUGAAAGGUGAUAGGUAUAUCUUCAUAUAUGGAGGUAGCGACAAGUGGACCCAAGAAUUCACUUUAGCAGUGGACAAAAUCAAGAGGCACCCAACAAUAAGGAAUGCAGACGUAAUAAUAGACUAUUAUCAUCUGGGAAAGGAUGAUCCCAAGAUAGUUCCUCGAUUCUGGAUUGGCAUAGAGGGGAAGAGACAAAGGAGGCACUACGAGAAUUUGGAGCCUGAGAUUCAAGAAUUUGUCAAGAGUUUGCUUUGCCUCAAGCAAGAUAUUCAAGGAUGGGCCAUUCUCACCAAAGGCUCCAAUGUCAAGAUUCCGGGUCACGCUCAACCCAUGUAUCAAACUGUGGCAGAGUUUGACUCGUGGAAGGAUAAAGUGCUCGUCAAAGAAGGCUUUGACAUUGCCUUCCAAGAGUACUAUGAGGUCAAACGUGAGGAACUACCUGCUCCUCAACCAUGCGCAUACAUGAACAUUGAUAACUACGCUUCGAAUAAUGUCCUAGCAACCAUAACAUGUCCCAAUGCCUCUUGCGGACGUGUCAUGGAGGUGACAUCUGUUAAUUACAAGUGCUGCCAUGGUAAUGUUUCCGACAAGGUUAAAGUUUGAGUUGUUGAACCAGGUUAGGCUUGUUUUGGAGAAAUGUCAACCUGAAUGGAUUCAAACUCUGUUUUUCUUACUGUAUUUAUGUAUGUGUUUAUGUAUGUGUGUCUAAACAAGUGCCUCAAUUGCUUAUCUCUUGCGGCCACUUGAUUUGUCCUUAAAUGGGCGAAAUUAAAUAAUGGCAUCUUCUAUAUCUUCUGAAUUAGAUAUAUGAUUGAAUAAAUAGUUCUGCAUGCGCAGAAUUUGAAAUUAGGAAUUGAA